AUGGGUCGUCGUGGUCGUCAACGUCAAUUAGAAACCUGCCCACCCACGGCCACCGGAAUCACCAAAAGAAGCGGCGUGGCGGAAGAAGGCGGAGGAGCGGAAUGUUCCGGGAAGUCAUGCCGAUCUUGCUCGGCCAGGGCGAUUGCCGAUUGUGUGGCGGUAUGUUGCUGCCCAUGUGCCGUCGUCAACUUCUUCACACUUACGUUCCUUAAGCUGCCAUGGAUGAUGGGAAGAAAAUGCUUGGCCAAUAACAAGAAGAAGAGGAAGAAGAAGAAGUUGAAAGAUGUUGGCGUUUCAAGAAACGAGCAAGAAGAAGAUGGGGCAUUGGGAAAAGCAACCGCCAUUGGAGGAGGAGAAUCAGAAGAAGGAAGCCAUAAUAAAUACAGUGCAAGAUUUGAAGCUGAGAAGGUUUGGUUAGAGUUGUAUAGAGUUGAUAAUCUGGGUUUUGGUAGGGUUUCUUUCAAUGGAAUUCAAUCACUUGGGUAG